AUGGAACUGAAGAGAGGAAAGACUUUCAUCAAAUCCAGCCUGCAAACUUCCCAUGAGAAACCUCCAGGCCCAGCAGCUACUGCCCCAGUUAGGGAGGAUACAGGCCCUUGGUCAGUCUUGCCUGGAGGGCAGCAGCAGUCCCACAGUGAAAAGGGUCCCCAAGUCAGUUCCAGCACCCAAGGAUAUAACAAAUGUUCCAACAAGGGGGUGCAGCCAGACCCUGAGGAGGGUGCCACAGCCUUCUGUGGGACCACCUUCAAACUGGUACGAAAGAGCAAGACUCACAACAGUGUGCUUGAGACUAACAGGGUGGUCGCAACUGGGCAACUGGUGGGCAGCACAAGCUUCCCAGAGCCCUCUGGUAACCAGCGCAUGAUUGAUUACCACCACUUUGUGCCCCAGAUGCCCUUCGUGCCAGCAGUGGCAAAGAGCAUCCCAAGGAAGAGGAUUUCCCUAAAAAGACCCAAGAAGUGUUUUCGGAACCUAUUCCACAUUCGCAGAAACAAGACUGAGAACUUGGCCUCACUGGCAACUAAGGGGAAGAGCCUGUCAUCCUCCAGGGGCCCAUCAGAGGCUGGAGGGCAGGAGGGCAAAGCCUUCUUCCCCUUGGGUGAAGGACUGGGGCUGGAUGGCUUGUGCCAAGACCUAUCUGACAACGAGCUCCUGCCCGACUCCUCCUUCGACCUCUGCAGGGCCCUGUGUGAAGAUAUAGCCUCACUCAAGAGCUUCGACUCACUCACAGGCUGUGGGGAGAUCUUUGCAGAUGAGAGCUCAGUGCCAUCCCUGGAGCUGAAUGAGGGCCUGGAGAGCCCAGCCCGGGCAUCUCAGGCCCUUGACAGCAAGGUUCCCAGGGAUCCCUUUCAGGGCAGCAUGCCUGCCCAGAAUGAAAUGUCUGACUUUGCCAAGUUCUGGGACAGUGUGAAUCACUCUGUGAGGCAACAGCAGCGCGCCCUACUAGGCCCAUGGCUGGGGGGCCCGCAGGUGACAGACACAGCCCAACCCAGGCUGGCUUCAGCUGGGCUCCCCGAGCUCCCUCUGUGCCCCUGCAGGGAUGCCCCAAGUGGCUCCAAAGCCAGCUCCAUAGACACAGGCACCCCCAAGAGUGAGCAACCAGAGUCUGUAUCCACAAGUGAUGAAGGCUACUAUGAUGCCUUCUCACCUGGCCUCGAGGAGGACAGGAAGGAAGCCCUGAGCCCAGGCACCCCUGCAGCCUCCUUUCCUCGGGACAGCUAUAGUGGAGAUGCCCUCUAUGAGCUUUUCUAUGACCCCAGCGAGGGUCCUAUUGGCCCAAGCCUGGAGGAUGACUUGUGCGUAUCUGAGAGUCUGUCAGGGUCAGCACUGGGAGCACCACUGUCCAUGUGCAGUUUCCAUGUUGGGGCAGAGGAGAAUUUGCCCCUGGCACCAGGCCCAGACCUGCUUAGCCAGAGCUUCUUGCAGAGCUCCUGGAAGGGCAAGGAGUGCCUGCUGAAGCUCUGUGACACUGAGCUCGCCAUCACCAUGGGCAUUAUCAACUGGCUCCGCCGUGGCCCUGAGCUCCGAACUCCACCUGCCUCAGCCCCUGGGGAGCCCACAACCCCACCCAGAGGCCUGGUGAAGAAGUUGGAAGCUGGUUCCAAAAAGAAAGUACCAGGUCCAGUGAAGCUGGAGGGCAGGGGGGCCCAGGCCUCAGAUGCAGGUGGGAUCACCGUUGGCUUAGCACCCAGUAGGCAGGAGCUGUGGGUACAUUCAGGUGCCAAGGGCCUGCUUACUGGAGAGAGUCGGGUGCUAGCAGGGGCCAAGGAGGGGACUAGCUUUCUGUCCAUGAGACAUGGGGAAGAAGGGACACAAGGCUGCUAUGAAGACUUGUUCUCUUCUGUGGUGUCUGCAACCUCCACGACAACUGACACUUCCAGUGAAAAUAAGGUUCCAAAUCUCUCUGCCUGGCCUCACUCCCAGGAGCCCAGGCUACCUGGAAAUGUGGAGUGUCUCCAAGAUCCCUGGAGGCCAGGCCUUAGAGGGAGCACCCUUGAUGCAGAGCCAACCUUGACAGAUUGUGUGGCUCAGGUUGCAGCCCUGCAGAUCCACCCAGACUGCCAGCCUGACACAGUGCAGCCCCCAAGGCAGGACACAGGCAGCAGGCUCUGCAGUCAACUUCAGUCCAGCGGCCUUGACAUUCUGCAGCAGAAACAGCCUAACAGCUUCCCUAGAGCGGCUGCUGUCUGUGACCUAUCCUCCUUGGCCAGCCCACUCCACAGCCCACAGAAUCAGAGGUACUCAGGCCUUGUCUUGGACCUGAGCCAGCUCAGAGUUGAGCUUGCCAGCCUGGAAGCCCAGGCCUGUGCCUCUGUGGAGGACUAGCCCCUGCAGCUUAGUUUAAGGGUCAGGGAGCAGGCAACACAAAGGGAUCAGCUGGACUUGUAG